CCGCCCCCCCCCUCCGGGGGACCGGCGGGGGUGGAGUCCUCCAAGCGGGCAGGGGGCGCUGUGCGGAGGUUGGCGCCGCUCUAGCCGCGGCGUCUCGGUGGGCGGAAGUGCGCGCGGGCGUUGCUAUGGAGGAGCUGAGCGCGGCCUUGCAGGCCUUGGAGGAGCCCGCGGCGCCUCACCCGCGGCUCGGCGCCUACAAGGGCCGCUCCGGGGGGGGGCUGGGGCAGGCCGAGCGCCGGCAGCGCCUCCUCCGCCUCCAGAGAGAGAGGCGGCUGGACUACGUGAACCAUGCCAGGAGGCUGGCAGAGAACGACUGGGUUGGGGUGGAGAGCGAUGAGGAGGAGGAUGAUGAGGAGGAGGAGGAGGAGAUGGAGGUGGAGAGGAAGCUGCCCAAGCGCUACGCCAACCAGCUGAUGCUGUCCGAGUGGCUGAUCGACGUCCCCGUGGACCUGGCGCAGGAGUGGGUUGCAGUGGUGUGUCCCGUCGGGAAGCGGGCGCUAGUCGUGGCCUCCCGGGGCUCCACAGCAGCUUACACCAAGAGCGGCUUCUGUGUCAACAGGUUCCCCUCCCUGCUCCCGGGGGGAAACCGGCACAAUUCAACGAGUGAGAAAGUGUACUGCAUCGUGGACUGCAUCUACAGCGAGGCGCAGCAGACGUACUACAUCCUCGACGUGAUGUGCUGGAGGGGACACCCUGUGUACGACUGCCAGACUGACUUCAGAUUCUUCUGGCUCUUCUCAAAGAUCCAAGAGGAGGAAGGGCUGGGAGAGAAAAGCAGGAUUAAUCCAUACAAAUUUGUGGGCCUGCAGAAUUAUCCCUGCACCCCGGAGAGCCUGUGCACGGUGCUGGCCACGGACUUCCCAUUCGAGGUCGACGGACUUCUCUUCUACCACAAGCAAACCCACUACACGCCCGGCAGCACCCCGCUGGUGGGCUGGCUCCGGCCUUACAUGGUGCCCGAAAUCCUGGGGCUGGCCGUGCCCGCCACGCCGCUCACAGCCAAGCCAGACUACGCUGGGCGUCAGCUCCAGCAGAUCAUCGAGAGCAAGAAGAGUAAAAAGCUGGCAGAGGGGCAGCCGAGGGCUGCUGGGGACGGGCACUACGAGUUGGAACACUUGUCUACCCCCCAGCCAGCAGACUCCCCGGAGGGCCGGGAGGAAGCAGUGAGGAUGGAGAAUUAGGCUGCUUGUGACAGCCCGCUUGGCUGAGGAGGAAGGAAAAGGUUUAUUGCUCCCUUUGGGGGCAGCAAAGGUAAUCGGUAUAGGAUGGCUUUGUGUAAAGGGCACGGAAGUGCUCUGAGAGCCACUUUUUGGCCUCGCAGAAGCGAGGGCCUCAGCAGGAUCGUCCGGUUCUCUGCUCAGGCAGUCACGUGCUGUGAAAUAAAACAACCUGUCCCGAGCUGCAGGGCUCCCAGCUCA